AUGAUGAAAAGGCUUGAGUCUGCAGUGAGUGAUAAAGCAAAGGAUUUGGAGAAUGUGGAGAAGAGGAACAAAUUCAAAUUGCAGUCCACUUUCUGCCCAGUACAAGUCCGUUUCUGGAUACAGUCAAUAUCCGACACAGCUCAGAAUAUUUUUAACUCUUAUUCAGGAGCUGCAGAUGUGGUAGAGGAUGGUGAUGAUGACGAAUCACGAGAGGAAGAAGAGAAGGAAGAGCUGAAAAGCUAUUCAAGAAGAAAGAUUGUUUCCAACUGGAGCCGCUAUGAGGAUGCAGAAAAAGAGGGACAGAAUGAAAGUACAGAGUCACAGAGAGGAACAGACUACAGUGUUUUGCUUAGCUCUGCAGGAGACUCCUUUACACAGUUUCGAUUUGCUGAAGAGAAAGAAUGGGAUGCAGAAAGCAUAUGCCAAAAGCAGUUAUCUGCCCUUUCUGUUGACUGUCAGAGUUUGGUUCAGGCCCUUCAAGAACUGCCUCUACAUCUAAGGUUGAAUGUGGCUGCUGAACUGGUGCAGGCAUCAACACCUGUUGAGCUCCCGCACAUGCAAUUUAAAAAUACUGAUGACAGCAAGAGGAGAGAGAUUCUGUUUCAACAGUCUUUGGCUCAAAGUGAACCAGUGUCUGUAUCUCAUCAUGUUGGUGAUUUUGUUGCCACAUCAGAGCCUAGAAAUAAAGAUGCUCGUGCAGCGAGAGCUGCAGAACCAUUUCAGAGAGGCUCUCCACUGUCAAAGCAAGAGACUGACCAUUUGGAUGAAGAACUAGAUCUCCUCCUAAAUCUGGAUGCUCCCGUUAAUGCAGAAAACAGUUCUGUGUCAGGUGCAUUAUCCUACAGCAUAACUGAGAAAGAUCUGAAAAUGGAUUAUAACGAAAAGGAUCCUUUAAAACUAGAUGUGCCUGAAGAGAAGAGUAGAGCAUCACAGCAGCAGCAAAGUGCAUCUAAAAAUGUCACCGAGGAAGAGCUUGAAGAUUGGCUGGACAGCAUGAUCUCCUGAAGCCUGGAUUUUCUUAUGUGAAUAAAUGAAUAUAGCAAAAGUUAAAUAGAAAGUAUUAGUUUAAGGAAUGGAGUGAAUUCCUUUAUCUCCUCUUUAUUUCUUUUAUUUCGCUUGGUUCACCGUGCCAAAUGCCUAAUUUUAUUUGACAGCAUGUAAAAACCACUCAUCCAAAACUCAUUUAGAUGUGAUUGAAAAAUUCUCUGAAGUUAAUAUUCCUGGUAACAAUACUUCUUUUAAAAGUCUAAAUUCUGUCAUGCAAUUAGGAUUUUCUUCGCGUAAUAUGCAUGCCAUAGUACACUAAUAGAGAAGUUGUUUCAGCCUGUACUUGCUAUGUGUAGUCCCUAAAAUAAAACUGUGAACAUAAAAUACAUGUGUUUUUAAUCACCAUCCUAUGCCACAUUUCCAUUGCACUAGAAAAACUAGAAAGAAGAGACAAUAAAGGUAUUUUUCAUUUGGUUUAUAAUACUUUAUUGCAGUGGGCACUUUUCAUUAGAA